GCUAUGCUUUUGUACACAUGGAGAACAAGGAAGAUGCGCUGCAGGCUAUUGAGGCUUUGCACGGGACCUCUUUCAAAGGACGACCACUAUCCGUGGAGCUGUCCAAAGUUCAGCCAAGCAAACAGGCACCAACUGGGAAAAUCCCAUGUGUGAGCUGCGGAAAACAGGGUCACUAUGCAGGUGAAUGCCCCGCUGGAAAGCCCACCCUGGAGCAGUACCAGAGCCAAGCGGCCGUGUUAGCAGCCGCCGCUGCCGCCGCCGCCGGCCUCCCGCUACAGGUUCAGCAGAGCGUACACAAUUCGGUAUACAACACCUCAACUUUUGACCCCACCUAUGCUGCUUUGACUGGACUUACAGCUGCUGGUGCAAGAGCCGAAGGUGGAACCGCGGUGGCACCAGCCGUCUACGGAGCGCUAGCUAGUCAAGUGUACGGUACAGUGGCCAAUCAGCUCUAUGGUGGGACAGUUGCAAAUCAGGCACUCAACAACAGUGCUGCCGCUGCUGCCGCACAGAUGUAUGGCUCCGUUAACCCAGCUUUCUAUGGGCAGAUGACGAGUGGCGCAGUGGCAGCCGCCGCAGCAGCCGCCGCCGCAUACGGUCAACAGGUUUACACGCCCGCCAUGGCAAAUCAAGUGUUUCUAACCGCAGCACCGAGCAUGGAGGUACCAGGAGGUAACCCAGCUUAUACGGUAGCACCGGCUCUCUACAGCACGUCCCCGGCUUACGGGGCUCUUGGGGCAGCUGACACAGCAGCUUUCUUCGAGGCAGCAAGGGCACACUACUUUGCACAAGGACAGCAAGUGCUAGCUGAACAGCAACAGGCUAGCUCAAAGUCUGGCGAGAGGGACCGGAGUCCACUAAGAAGAUCUGCCCCACUUCUGCCUGACCCUGUUAUGAAACCAUUUAUGUACCAGAGGGCCAAGCGCCGAGCCUUGUUGCCCACACCUGCAGGUCGAGAGGAAGCCGCCGCACAGGAGGACGACCCUAUAGCCAGAUAUUACGCGGAAUACUACCAGCAGUACCAGCAGCUGCAGCAAUACCAACAAUACCAACAAUACCAGUACGCGUACCCACCUCCCAACCACCUUGCAGCAAUGUCCGCACUGCAGGCGUUGCCCGGUGUCCCGACUCAGCAGGUGGCAACGCUCGAGUCCCUCAGGCCAGUCCUGCCCGCCGCCUCCGUGCCUGCCAUCGCAAUGGCAACACCUCGCGUACUCGUAUGAAUCGGAGCCCCGAAAAGAAGCUAAAGGACUAGAGACUGAUCCCAAUCUCACCCCUGUCACUAUGGAUGGGGUAAGUCUGGGGGCAACCCCACUCUAUACCCCCCCACCCCCAGCUGCACACACCAUCCCAAACCCCUUCCCCAGGAGCAGCAAAAUCUUCAGCCCAGCUUUUGGUACUUUUUAACCACCCAUAGUCCCAUGCAGCUUCUUUAACAGGAGUGUGGCACGAUGAUGACUGUGCUUUCAUGACGCCAAGCAUACUGUAAAACAUGCUCAUGUGCGAGUGUCAGGAGGCACCCACACUUUAAAACCAUUUUACAAUUCCUUUUCUGGUAUUUGUACGUAAUUCAAGAUAAGGCUUCGCUCGCAUCUGCUUCCAUUGUGCAUGUUUCUUUUUUGAUUUCUUGUUUCAACCCCCCUCAAAAAAACAAACGCUUUCUGAUGUGACUGUUCCAACUUAACUAGGUCCCUAAGGAACUGUGGACACCAAACGCAGUGCUGGUUUGGGGGGAAGAAAGUUAGCGUCGCGCAAUGAACGAGAAGGUCUCUCUGACUCCAUUCAGCCACGUGAAGUGACGAGUCUUCUUUCCUAUACCAAAACAUGCCAAGACGUGUAGCAUCUUCACAUGCAUUGUCUCACACAUCUGCAUUGUUUUUUGUGUCUACGGAAGUAAGUCCAUAGUGGCUAUUUUCCUUUGGGAGGACUAGAUUACCUCAAUAAGGACUAGAUUACCUCAAUUUUAGAUCUUAUUCUGGAGGAUGAGGAACUGCCCAUUACCUGAAAUGAGAUAUAUCUGUUAUUCAUAGUCUAGAGAGUAACCACGAUACUCCCUAUGUCAGUGGUAUGAAGAUAUUUGACAUGCAGAUAUUUGUGGUUGACAGAUUUCUGUGAUGUCUGUGGCAUUCGUUAAUGAUGACAGGACAGAAGUCUGUGGCAGAUAGAUACCAAUCGGUGUUUGAGAAGAACUUUCCAUUCAGGAAUAUCAAAAGAAUCCCUCACCUUUCCAACAUACUCUUCCAGCUUAAGUCUCUUUGACUCUAGACUCCACAAUUUCCAGGGAUAACCGAAUGCUCUCUCCGUCUACUUUCUCCCUAGAUAUCGUCACCCUUUUUGCACAAACUUGGACGAUAACAAUAACACAACUUCUAGCGUUUGUUUGUGUCCCAUUUAUUUUUAGAAAGAGCUCCACUCCAGUAUUUUCCUUUGUUUUUUCCUUUUUAUUUUUAGGGAUCUUGUUUUUUAUCCCUUCAGAAGGACACCCCUACUGAGUGUAACUCCUGUACUCAUUUUUAUAACAUGUAUGAAACGAGAAUCAUUUCUAUUGCAGGUGAUAGGAUACGAGCUGGUCGUACUGUUUUUAUCACCUUCUAAUGAAUAUGUGCAUGACUUGUUAAUGUGUGUAUAUUGCAAAAACCUUGCGACUGGUAAAGUGUACUCUCCUACACCAGCUUCUGCAUGAACACUGAUUGGCAUCGCAUGCUUACUGCAAUAAACUAGUACUAUGACCGCA